AUGAAAAUUUUUCAAAACAAAAUUAAAGAUUUUUUUAAUCAAUUUCAAAAAAAUUCUGAAGAAUGGUUGAAAGAAAUACAGAAAUUUUUUAACGAUUUAGAACCGAGAUUUAAGCAUUUAAUACCACAAUAUCAAAGAAAAUUAAAUUCAGUCCAAGAAAAAGUGGGAGUAAAUCAAAAUUUUUUUCAUUGGGUCGUUAAUGAGGUAUCCCUUGAAAAAUCUCAUAUUUUGGAUAUUAGAGAGUUAGAAAUAAAUGUAGAAGAUAAUAAUAUUGAAAAUAAUAUUGAAAAUAAUAAUAUUGAAAAUAAUAAUAUAGAAAAUAAUAUAGAAAAUAAUAUAGAAAAUAAUAAUAAUAAUAAUAAUAAUAAUAAUAAUAAUAAUAAUAAUAAUAAUAAUAAUAAUAAUAAUAAUAAUAAUAAUAAUUCAACUACCAUAGCUACAACGUUGGCAUCGAUUGGUCAUUUGGCACCAAACAAUAGUUUUUAUAACAGCAUAGAUAAUUAUCAUAUAAAUAGUACGAGUCCUUUUCCAAAAAAUGUUUUAAAAAGGAGAAACUCAACCUCUCCUUCAAAUGUAUCCAGUUCUGUUGUAUUAAAUAGUUGUGGCCAACAACAACAACAACAACAACAACAACAACAACAACAACAACAACAACAACAACAACAACAACAACAACAACAACAACAACAACAACAACAACAACAACAACAACAACAACAACAACAACAACAACACCACCAACAUCAUCAACAACAACAUCAACACCAACAACAUCAACAACUACAACUACAACAACAACAACAACAACAUCAACAACAUCAACAACAGCAACAUCAACAACAACAACAACAACAACAACAACAACAACAACAACAACAACAACAACAACAACAACAACAACAACAACAACAACAACAACAACAACAACAACAACAACAACAACAUCAACAACAUCAACAACAUCAACAUCAACAUCAACAACACCAACACCAACACCAACACCAACACCAACAUCAACAUCAACAACAACAACAUCAACAACAAGCCCAACAACAACAACCACACCUACACCAACAUCAUCAACAACAACAUCAACACCAUCAAUACCAACAACAACAACAACAACAACAACACCAACAACAACAACAACAACAACAACAACAACAACAACAACAACAACAACAACAACAACAACAACAACAACACCAACACCAACAACAACAACAACAACUACUACAACUACAACAACAACAACAACAACAACAACAACAACAACAUCAACAUCAACAUCAACAUCAACAUCAACAUCAACAUCAACAUCAACACCAACACCAACACCAGCAUCAACACCAUCACCAACACCAACAACAAUCACACCAACACCAAUAUCAUCAUCAAAUACAAAGCAGUCAUAAUAAUAAUAAUAAUCCUUCGUCUCCAUGUGAUUCAGAAAUUUCAUCAAAUGGGGGCAACAACUCACCAACAUCUCCACAAGAAUAUUCAACACCAAUGGAGACAGAAGACAAUUUAGAAAAUGAAAAUGAUAAUGAAAAUGAUAAUGAUAACGAAAAUGAUAAUGAACACGAUGAUGACGGAGAAUAUUACGGCGACGAUUCCUUUUCAUCCUCUUCAACACUAAGAAACUUAAGUGGAGGUCAAGUAUUGGAGAAAUUAAAAAAUGUUUUAUUGCAUCUUGUUAGAGAUUGGAGUAAUGAUGGUAGUGAAGAAAGAAAUAAAUCUUAUUCACCAAUCUUAAAUGAAUUGGAGGAGUUUUUCGAUCAAAAAAUGCGACAACAAAGUAAUAAUAAUAAUAAUAAUAAUAAUAAUAAUAAUAAUAAUAAUAAUAAUAAUAAUAAUAAUAAUAUUAGUAAUAAUAUUAGUAAUAAUAAUAAUAAUAGUAAUAAUAACUUUACACCUGAGCAAAUAUUUAAUUAUAGGAAAAAUAUAAAAAUUUUAUGUCCAGGAUCUGGUUUGGGUAGAUUACCAUAUGAAAUUGCCAAAAGAGGAUUUACUUCUGAGUUAAAUGAAGAGACUUAUUUUAUGGUUUUUCCAAUUUAUAAAUUAUUUAAGUGUGAUAUUGAGCCAAAUUCUAUAACAAUCUAUCCCUAUAUCCAUCAAUUCAGAAAUGUUGAAAAUAUAAACAAACAAUUAAGAGGUGUAUUAAUUCCAGAUAUCAAACCAGAUAAAAAUUUAACUGUUGUGGGUGACAAUUGCAGAUUAAUUAUUAGACCUGGUGAUUUCUUUGAACAUUAUGAAAAUGAACAAGAAACAUUCGAUUGUAUAUGCACAGCAUUUUUUAUUGAUACUCAACAAAAUAUUUUCACUUUAAUUGAGAAAAUUUUUAAUUUAUUAAAAACUGGUGGCAUUUGGAUAAAUAAUGGUCCUUUAUAUUAUUUCCAUCAAUCAAAUUCAAGUAUUCAUUUAUCAAAAGAUGAAUUAAUUCCGGCAAUUUCAUCUUUUGGUUUUGAUAUAAUUAAAGAAACAUUAACACAAAGUACAUAUUGUGAUGAUAAUUCUUCAAUGUUAAAAAUGAGCUAUAGUUGUCUUUAUUUUGUUGCGAUAAAAAUAAAUAUUUUGAUUUUAAAAAAAUAUCAUUAUAUUUUACUUUUCUUUUUAAAUUUAUCAUAUUUAAUAAAUAAAAUAGAUUUUAAAAUUCUGAACAUUUGCUCUAUACAAAAUAUAUAUUAUAUACAAAAAAACGUAAUUUAUUUUAAGUUUGGUUUGGGGUUUUUAUUUAAAAUAUUAUAA